CCCACGUGACCCAAACAGACUCGGGUACUUCCGCUUCCCUUCGGCUUUCUUCUCGUCGGUGUCCCCGGCGGGUCCCGAGCCGGGUCCCCGCGGGAGCGGUGGCUGGCGUCGUCAUGGCGGAGCUGACGGCUCUGGAGAGUCUCAUCGAGAUGGGUUUUCCCAGCGGACGCGCGGAGAAGGCUCUGGCCCUCACGGGGAACCAGGGCAUCGAGGCCGCGAUGGACUGGCUGAUGGAACACGAAGACGACCCCGACGUGGACGAACCUCUAGAGAUGCCUCUCGGACAUAUCCUGGGACGGGAACCCACCUCCUCAGAGCAAGUUGGCCCUGAAGGACCUGGGUCUGCUGCUGGCGAAAGCAAACCAACUUUGACCGAAGAAGAAAGACAAGAACAGACUAAGAGAAUGUUGGAGUUGGUGGCCCAGAAGCAGCGGGAACGUGAAGAAAGGGAGGAGCGGGAGGCAUUAGAACGAGAAAAGCAGCGCCGGAGACAAGGCCAAGAGCUGUCGGCUGCCCGACAGAAACUACAAGAAGAUGAAAUGCGCAGAGCUGCUGAGGAGCGGAGGAGGGAAAAGGCUGAGGAGUUAGCGGCCAGGCAAAGGGUUCGAGAAAAGAUUGAAAGGGAUAAAGCAGAAAGAGCCAAGAAGUAUGGCGGUAGUGUGGGUUCUGGGCCAACCCCACCAGUGACAGAGCCAGGUCCUGUCCCCUCCUCUCCCAGCCAGGAGCCACCCACCAAGCGGGAGUAUGACCAGUGUCGCAUACAGGUGAGGCUGCCAGAUGGGACCUCACUGACCCAGACAUUCAGAGCCCGGGAACAGCUGGCAGCUGUAAGGCUCUAUGUGGAGCUCCACCGCGGGGAGGAACCUGGAGGUGGCCAGGACCCUGUGCAGUUGCUCAGUGGCUUCCCCAGACGGGCCUUCUCAGAGGCUGACAUGGAGCGACCUCUGCAGGAGCUGGGACUCGUGCCUUCUGCUGUCCUCAUUGUGGCCAAGAAAUGUCCCAGUUGAGGGGCUUUUAUCUCACCAUCCCUCUCUGACCUCUUCAUCUUUGAUACAGCACUGACAUCUCCUUCCUAAUAAAUAGAUCCUUGGAGUUCUGUA